GUUAUGUUUGUAUGGCUGUUAGUGUUCAUUACUCCACUUUACAUAUUUAUGGCUAGCAUUUUGGCUAAAGGAAUUCACAUCUUAUACAACAUGUCAACCAACAAACAAUCAUUAAUUAGCAAUUAUUUGGGUGAUAUAACUUGGCUUUUCCCAUUCAAAGUAUACCUACUCCAUUAAUUAUCAAUAGUAAAAUGAACAAGAAUUCAAAUUGAUUCAUACUUUAUUCCUGGCAAUAUUGAUGGCAGUUGCUUCACUUAUUGUCCUUGGUGGAGUAAUGCUGCUUAACUUAAUAGAGUAGUCUAAAGUGUAGAAAGAAACGAGAGAAAAAAGAUAAUAAAAGAAAAUGAAAGCAGAAAGCAAAUGA